AUGGCUCCUUAUGAGGCUCUUUAUGGGAGGCGUUAUCGAUCUCCAAUUGGUUGGUUUGAACCAACUGAGGUGGAAUUGUUGGGUCCGAAUUCAGUUCAUGAAGCAAUUGAGAAGUUGCCAUCCGAUAUGGCCAUGGUGCACCCUGUGUUUCACGUUUCGAUGUUGAGGUUGUACAAACCUGAUCCUUCCUAUGUGUUGAAUCAUGAACAAAUUGAAAUUAAUGAAGGGUUAACCUAUGAAGAGAAACCGGUUCAGAUUCUAGAUCGUCAAGUUAGAAGGUUGAGAACAAAGGAUGUUGCAUCGGUUAAAGUUUUAUGGCGAAACCAUAAUACUGAGAAAGCUACUUGGGAAGCAGAGGAGGACAUGAAGAAGAGAUAUCCCCACUUGUUCCCUAUGGGAGGUAUGAGCUAG